UCUAAUCCUGACAGCUGACCCGAGGCUUGAGCUUGUCCGCGGUUGCGCAUAUCAGGAUAACCGCAUAACGCGUUUCCCCAGUUUUCGGCGACACCCUGGUUGAAGCCCAACCUUGCCGUCCUCGCGCAUGAAGCGGUGAUCUUGCGCGAAACUCGGUACUGGAUUUCACCUUUGCCGCGCCAAUUCAAAAACUUCAAGGAUGUCCAAACACGGGCGAAUCCUAUCAUGGAUAGCCGACAGGGUGGAAAUCGCAAAGAACGCCAGCAAGACAGCAGAUGGCACUCUGGCCAGAAGGGCAGCAGAGACCCAUCCAGUGGUCUCGACCAUUCUUGCAGUACACGACAUCUAUGACAUGUACCAGGCCACGCGCAAGGGCGACGGCGACGCCAAGGACCGUGGCACCAUGCCCUCGUUGGCCGACGCCGCCCAAAGAAUCAAGGCAGUCACACAGGCCAGCCAGUUCGUGCCCGCCAUGCAGGUCAUUACGAGCUCGCUCUGCGAUAUGGCGAGGAUCGCGUCGCGCUUCCAGGCAGCGGCCACAGCGAUCGGCAUCGGUUGCAAUCUCGUGCUCACCUACCAGGGGGUCGAGGCGCUGGAGAAGAUCGCCGACCACCUCAAGGACAUAUCGGCCACCCUCGCGGCGCAAACGGCCUUGAUGGCACAGAAGGACUUCCCGGCCUACGUGUACCAGAUGGUCCGGGAGCGGCUGGGCCAGACAGCCAACGAUGCCGGGCAGGAGCACUGGUUUUUCGUGUUCCAUCCGGACGAUGACUGGUAUCCGGGCUUCUACCAUCUGCUCGAGGAGAAGCCGCUCGAUCCCCGAUUCUGCGGCUACACGCGGCAAAUCGACACGGCCUUCGUCUUCAUGCUCGAGGCCAGGCGGGAAAUCCAGAGAAGGAUCUAUCGGGAGUCGCGUAUACGGGGGAAAGCCCCUCCCCGCCCGGUCAAACUGCACCUCCUCAUCCCCGCAUACCAGCCCAUCCUCAUCGCCGAGGCCCUCCAGAUCCCGAGCGAGAUCGGCGACUUCGUCAUCGAGGGCCGGACGAACAGCAACAAGCCCUUUGUGUGGUUCAAUCUACCCGAGCAGCAACGGCGUCAGCACACGGUGAACAUCGGCCACUGGGAGCCCCCGACGCCAGGGUGGUGGCAGCAGACGAUGGCCAGCCUCGGCCUGCGGCAGAGGCCAUUUCAGCUCGGCGAGCCCCGCGUCCUGGGCACCAGGCAGCCAUCGGCCGAAGGAGACGACCCAGACGACGAGAGACCGGGGGGCGGUGGUGGCGGCGACAACGAGGACGGGGCCAGCAGGGAGGGCACACGCGGCAGUGAGUCGAACAGCGACGCCGAGGAUUGGCCGUCGGGCGCCCGGCGCAAGUCUUCCGGCCGCGAUCGAGCGACGCCGCUGCAUCUGCGUCCGCACCGCCGCCGGAAAAAGCAUCAUCGCAGUGGUCAGGGAGACGGCCGGAAGGUCGGUUGGGCUGCAACGGCUCCCUAGUGCCGAAUAGCCCGCACAUCGGAGUGGGAGGCCGGGGGGCAUGAAGAUUCGCAUAGGACGAGUCUCGCAGCCAGCGGGAGGUUGGGUCUCCUUAUACUGAAUGACGCCCUGGUUAGAGGAAAUGCAUGGUUAAGCGAAAGAAUGGAUGCGGCAUGUUUGGAGUGGGCUUUUGAAU